AUGCCACAAAGAAGGCAACUAAAGCAUAUUUUGACCGUUCGAAAAAAGAAAAUUUAUGAUGCUCUCCAAUGGCUUAAUCAAAAAAAUCCACUGUAUCGAUAUAUUACAAUUAAUCAGUCAACAAUCGAUAAAUUACCUGAUGACGACGUGCCAGAGUGCUUGUGGGCAACAAUGGAAAUUUCAAAUAAUACGGAAGCGGCUGAAAGUGAAAGGUCAAGUUACAUUCCUGAUCCUUUGGCCAAUGCAUCUGAAUCCAAUACUACAACAACUGUACCAAUAACUGCAAGUGCUGUUUUAGAUGUUAACGGUACUACAGUUUCGUCUGAUGACGUUGCUGAGCACCUUUUAGGACAAAUGAAGAUACGAGUGUCAGAUAAAACGCUCGAAAGACAAUCAGAGGAACGUGCGAAACAAGAUCCCGUAUACAUGAUUCCUCGUGGUAACAAACCGGCCAAUGAAUAUUCUAAUCCAAACCUUUUAUUGGGUGUCUUUCCCACACUUUUUCCGUAUGGAUGUGGUGCACUUGAAGAUUGUUCUCGGCCAGUUCAAAUCAAUUUUCGUGAGCAUGUGCGCUAUCUUCUUUCGUACGAUGAUCGUCGUUUUGAAGAGCACUACUCAUUCAUAUUCGUUCUCUUCAAUAUUUUACAACGUCGUACUGCAUGCUUCCAUGCCAAAUUAAUGACAUCAAGACCAUAUUUUCAGCAAUCCGCACAGCUUCUUGAAUCAUUCAGCUCUGAAGAUGUAGCAACAGCUCUUUUCAAUAUCUCCAAAGCGUCUUAUUCAAAGGUUACCGACGAAAGAAUUAAUACGCUCAUGAAGCACAUUAAAGUUGUUGGUGGACAUGUUAUGGGUUCAGCUCAUUCACGAUCGGCUCUUCGUACGAAAAUUCAAUCGCUGUGCUUUAGUCUCGGUCUUCCAAGCCUUUUCGUAACAAUCAAUCCGGCCGAUAUACAUAGUCCAGUAGCACUCUAUUUUGCAGGUGUUGAUCUCGAUCUUGAUAAGGUUCUACCAGAAGUGUUGCGCACAAGUUAUGAACGUGCUCAAAUUAUCGCAACACAUCCUGUUGCUACUGCAAAAUUUUUUAACUGUUUGAUAAAGAGCAUUUUGAAAUGCCUCGUGAUGGGCGGUGUACUUGGUCCUACAAAGGGAUAUUUUGGCACUGUAGAGAAUCAAGGCCGAGGAUCGCUUCAUUUACAUCUCCUUAUUUGGCUCAAUCAUGAAUAUACUCCAGCACAGUUGAAAGAAAACAUUCAAAAUCAAGAUUUUCGUGAUAAUUUACUAAAAUAUUUAGAAGAUGUUGUAAAAGAAGAUCUGGACCUAUUUCGAGGUAACACAUCUAGCACUGUUUGA